CAUGCCUACUGCAGUACAAUCGUUUUUCACACAAUAAAAUAUCCAGCUACUUAGUCGCGUAGGAUCUCUGUUAAAUGCAUGUGUAAUUGUUGUUACAAUGUAUCGUCUCUGUAUGGAUAUUUUGUUUACAUUGACAGAGUAAUAGUCAGGCGGCGCAGGGGUCGAUCGUAUGCAGUAUUCGCAUAAUGCUUCCAAUGCCUAGUGUCGAUGGAGACAUUUUUGACUGUGUUCAACGAGGGAACGUUGAACAUUGUGCACAUAUCAUUCAACAUGAUCGAUCUAUCCUCAAAGAGAAAGGUUGGGGUGGUUUUAGUCCUCUCCACUUUGCGUCCCUCCAUGGUAACCGUGUCAUGGUUGACAUGUUGCUAAGCAACGGAGCUGACCCCAACCUGACCUGUGAUGCAGGAAUGACAGCCUUCCAUUUCGCCUGCAGGCAUGGUAAUGUAUACGUGAUGCACCAGAUGAUGCAGCAUGGAGCUGACCUGCGCAUGGUAGACCAUCAGGGCAAAACCGCCCUACACCAUGGAGUAUGUGGAGGGAACAUUGUAGCGAUGCAGUACCUGUGGGAGACAGGACUGUUUAGGUGGUGUGAUGGAGACAUGUACCAUGUUACACCUCUACACCUGGCUGCUGAUACUGGCAACACUGAGGUGGUCCGUUACCUGCUCCGAGGAAAGAGGUGUAUGGUGGAGACUGUGGAUGAGGAUGGGUUGACAGCGGUCCAUGUGGCAGCUGAGAGGGGCUGUGUAGAGGUGUGUUGGACGCUGUUACAGAGAUCCGGCUUCAGGAUGCUGCACUUGAAGACCUAUAGCGGACACACGCCUCUGGACCUCUGCAGGCAGGGAAAGACAUUCAGACACUUGCAGCUGACCAAACUACUGACCCGCUACAUGAGGGAGCCACCAUUCAACAAACCUGAUGAGUCCGACCUCCUUUACUACUGGACGUUAUUCUUCCCAUGUCUGAUUGGAGGAGCUAUUCUGAUUAUCGCAACAAUGUUGGGGGGCUACGGAGGGAUAACGUGCGCCGUCCUCUUCCCCUGGCUGGCCAGGAGUAUAUUUUCCCAGUUCCACCGCAUGACGACCUACCAGAGGUUGGCCAACCCCGUCUACCUAGGGACUGUGAUAGCUGGAUUGUUCCACUCUCUAGUCUGCUUCUACUAUAGAAUACUACCGCCUAGCUUGUGGGGUGAUGGUGUUCUGGGUCAUGUGUCGCUGGUCCAGUUCUCUGUGGUUCUGGUCUUGUUCUGGAUGGUUCUAACCCAGGAUCCUGGAGAGUUGGGACCGGGAGAUGCAGAUCCUCGCUACUCCUCCAUAACAGACCUGCUGGAGAACAACCAGAAUCCUCAGAGGUUCUGCAUCUACUGUGAGUUGUUCCAGCCAGACCAUACUAAACACUGUAAAUUGUGUGAUGUGUGUGUGAGGGAUUACGACCACCACUGCCUGUUCCUGAACCGCUGUGUUGGCGGUGGCAACCACCGCCUCUUCAUCAUCUUUAUCCUCUCCAUGGCCACAGCACACCUCCUUUUCAUUGCCGUGGCAACUUACCACCUGUAUGUGGUCGUGGUGUCCCUCGAGGACCAGUCAUUGGUUAGGGCAGUAGCUGCACAGUUCUGGGUGGUCUCCCUGACGAUAAUGAACGUUCUGACAAUCCUUUGGGAGGUGUGGUUGUUGACGGAACAGUUUGACGCUAUCGCCAUUGGGACUACCACCUACUUCAAAUCUACCUGCGAGACUCGGCCACGGUCGCUAGGACAACGCUGGACAGCGGUGCUUACCUUCCUAUUGGAGGGGAGGAGACGGUUAGAUUAUGGACUCACAGGGGACAAGAUCUCCAUAGACAUUUAGAUAAUAUGGACUCUAAAACCUAUGGUGAAAUGAAGAACAAUGUAUAUUUUGUCAGUUUUCCAUUCUUAAAACCAGCUGGAUCUUCUAGCCUGUUGAGCUAAAGCCUAGGCAUUACCUCGGGAAGCAAAUACCGCUAUUAAACAUAUAACAAGUGGUGUGUAGACCAGAAUGAGUUCUAAGAGAUCUUAACAUUAGAGAUAACAUGUUACUUAGAUUGUCUUUUGAGAGUGCGGUCGUAAACAUGUCUGUUAAACAUUAUACUGGAACAUACACUGCCGUUCAAAAGUUUGGGGUUACUUAGAAAUGUCCUUGUUUUUGAAAGAAAAGCACAUUUUUUGUCUAUUUAAAUAACAUCGAAUUGAUCAGAAGUACAGUGUUGACAUUGUUAAUGUUGUAAAUGACUAUUGUAGCUGGAAUGGAAUAUCUACAUAGGCGUGCAGAGGCCCAUUAUCAGCAAACAUCACUCCUGUGUUCCUAUUACAUGGUGUGUUAGCUAAUCCAAGUUGAGCAUUUUAAAAAGGUUAUUUAAAAAGGUUAAUUGAUCAUUAGAAAACCCUUUUGCAAUUAUGUUAGCACAGCUGAAAACUGUUGUCCUGAUUUUAAAGAAGCAAUAAAACUGUCCUUCUAUAGACUAGUUGAGUAUCUGGAGCAUCAGCAUUUGUGGGUUAAAUUACAGGCUCAAAAUGGCCAGAAACAAAGAUCUUUCUUCUGAAACUCGUCAGUCUAUUCUUGUUCUGAGAAAUGAAGGCUAUUCCAUACGAGAAAUUGCCAAGAAACUGAAGAUCUCGUACAACGCUGUGUACUACUCCCUUCACAGAACAGCUUAAACUGUCUCUAACCAGAAUAGAAAGAGGAGUGGGAGGUCCCGGUGUUCAACUGAGCAAGAGGACAAGUACAUUUGUGUGUCUAGUUUGAGAAACAGACGUCUCACAAGUCCUCAACUGACAGCUUCAUUAAAUAGUACCCACAAAACACCAGUCUCAACGUCAACAGUGAAGAGGCGACUCCGGGAUGCUGGCCUUCUGAUAAUGGGCAUAUGUAGAUAUUCCAUAUAAAGAAAUCAGCCGUUUCCAGCUACAAUAGUCAUUUACAACAUUAUCAAUGUCUACACUGUAUUUCUGAUCAAUUUGAUGUUAUAUUAAUGGACAAAACAAAUUGCUUUUCGUUCAAAAACAAGGACAUUUCUAAGUGAUCCCAAACUUUUGAAAGGUAGUGUGGGUAUUGAAAAAUGUAUACUUUUAAUAUAUAGACUAUAGUGGAAUGAAUGUGGAAAUCUUGCCAGCGAACAAACCAACAUCAAACUCCUCACAUAACACACUGACUCAACCCCUGUCUGUCUUGGUAAGCAUUUCCUAUGUAUGCAUUUGGAGCUAGUUCUCUGUUUUAUGUGAUGCUCUGAGCUAUUUUAAAGCCAACAGUACUUAUACAACGAUGUAGCUAGUUUAUGAAUAACUGACUGAUUUUGUCUGGCCUGUGAAGGAUCCCACUAUUUAACUAGUAUGUCCUGUGGGGUCCAUUCUCUGUUUCACAUUUUAAUGCACUGAUUUAUUUUAAAACUGUUUCAUUGGAGAUAACUGUUCACUUGAAUUGUUACCUCAGUUUUUUUAAUACUUCUCACUGGAACAUUUAUUUUUAACUUAGGUGUCAUUGUUGUUUUAAAUAAAAGUUCAAUAUGAUGAAA